AAUAGAGUUCGGAUCGAGCGAUUCUCCGAGCAUGUCUUUGGUGGGCCUUCAGCAGCGGGAAUUGAUUUUUUGAUCGUCGAAUUCGGAGUCAUUGCCAUUGCUAGGUGGGCCUCACUGCCAGCGGAGAGAAAGGGAACCUCCUCAGUAUUACAUCGUCAGGCCUCAGAGCUGCUCUCUCGAGCCACAGCAUCGACAAAAGGACGAUCGAAUUCCUCGAGCAUGGCGUAGAUUGGAAAUCCGAACCCACAAAUGGCAAAUCCGGCCAUGCACCUUGCAGCUGCGUCUGGCAGAAUGAGCUCGCGAGAGGCUCCGGGCCCCGAAGUAUAAUCCAAUCUUCUCUCUCGGUCCUUCCUCUCAGACUAGGAAAUUGGACGCGACUCUGCGAGAGUGCUGCGAUGGCGUCGACGUCGGCGGACUCUGAGGCGGGCGGAGCGAAGGCGAUGAUGAGGAGCGUGAGCACGGGCUUGCAGGAGCUGGGCGCGAGAGUGACGCAGACGAUCGAGAGGUACGUGAGCGUGGGGACUGGGGCCGGGGCGAUGGCGGCGCACAGCACGCGCAGCGCCGAGGACGACGAGGAGGCUCUGAUGUGGGCGACGCUCGAGAAGCUGCCCACGUACGACCGCCUGCGCAAAACCGUGCUCUGCGACCUCAAGGGCAGCCGCCGGCGCCUCGACACCGUCGACGUGCGCAGCCUCAAGCAGCAGGAUCGCGAGGCUGCCAUCGACAACAUCAUCGGCUCCGACGCCCCCGCCGACAAUGAGAAGUUCCUCUCGAAGCUCCGCGAGCGCUUGGAAAAGGUGGGAAUUGAGCUGCCGAGGGUGGAAAUUCGGUUCGAGAAUCUGCACAUUACUGCUCAGUGCUACGUCGGAAGUCGAGCGCUUCCCACGCUGUGGAACGCGGCACUGAAUUUCACCGAGGGUCUUCUCAACUCUGUCGUGCCAGGGAUUUCGAGAAAUAACAAGACGACCAUUACAAUUUUGGACGACGUGAGCGGAAUCAUCAAACCCGGCAGGAUGACUCUUCUGCUUGGACCUCCGACCUGCGGGAAGUCAACUCUUCUCUUAUCUCUUGCCAACAGGCUGGACUCAAAUCUGAAGGUGAUGGGCAAAGUUUCCUACAACGGCCACGAGUUCCAUGAGUUCGUUGCACAGAAAACUUCGGUUUACGUGAGCCAAAUGGACCUGCAUCAAGGCGAACUCACCGUCCGAGAAACACUGGACUUCUCCGCACGCUGUCAAGGAAUUGGAGCAAGAUUCGACCUCUUAGAAGAGCUUUGCAAAAGAGAGCGAGAGCUCGGUAUUCGUCCUGAUCCAGACGUGGACUUUUAUAUGAAGGCUACAGCAGUAGAAGGGAAGGGUCGAAACUUCUCGACAGACUACACCUUGAAGAUCCUCGGUCUAGAUGUGUGCGCAGACACAGUGGUGGGUGAUGCCAUGCGUCGUGGUAUAUCUGGUGGUCAGAAGAAAAGAGUCACUACAGGUGAAUUGAUUGUGGGACCGUCUCGAGUUUUGCUCAUGGACCAGAUAUCCGAUGGUCUAGAUAGUUCUACUACGUUCCAGAUCAUUCAAUGUUUGGGUCAACUUGCACAUUACAUGGACUAUACGAUCGUCAUAAGCCUACUUCAGCCAGCUCCUGAAACCUACGAUCUCUUCGACGACAUUCUUCUCCUAUCCGAAGGCCAAAUCUGUUACCAUGGGCCUAGAAUCGAAGCCACGUCGUUCUUCGAGACCAUGGGAUUCGCUUGCCCAAGCAGAAAAGCUGUACCCGAUUUUCUUCAAGAGCUGACUUCUAUAAAAGACCAGGAGCAAUAUUGGGCCGACAAAAGUAAGCCGUACAGGUAUAUCACAGUAAAAGAAAUGGCAGCAGCUUUCAAGUCGUAUCACGUGGGCACAAACAUGACAUCAAAUCUGAACAUCCCGUUUGACAAGUCCACCAGCCACAAAGCCGCUCUGGCAUUCGAUUCACAAUCGUUGAGCAAGAGGCAGAUUUUCAAGACUGUUGUCCAGCGAGAGGUUCUGAUGGCGAGGAGGAACUCUCUAGUCUUCUUCUUUCGACUUUGGCAGAUUAUAUUCAUAGGUCUUGUCGGGAUGGGGAUGUUCAUCCGGCCCAGGAUGCACCGACACGAUCUCCAGAAUGCACAAUUAUUCAACGCCGCACAAUUUUUCGGCCUGACUAACACGCUGUUCAACGGAUACGCUGAUCUUGCACUGAUGGUCGCUCGUCUGCCAGUGUUCUUCAAGCAACGCGAGCUCUACUUCUUUCCCGGAUGGAGCUUCGCACUCUCCUUCUUCGUUCUGGGAGUUCCCGUUACCUUCCUGGAAGUUCCUGCUUGGGUCGCCUUGACAUACUAUCCCAUCGGAUAUGCACCUUUCAUUGGACGAUUCUUCAAGCACACACUUCUCCUGUUGAUUCUCCAUUCGAUGGCAGGAAGUUUGUUUCGAUUCGUUGCUGGUGUUUGUCGAUCCAUGGUCAUCUCCAACUCAGGUGGUUCAGCUGUUCUUUUGAUAAUCUUCACCAUGGGAGGUCUGCUGGUGCCAAGGAAACCCAUCAAAAGUUGGUGGAUCUGGGGCUACUGGAUCACGCCUCUCUCGUACGCCAACAACGGCAUUUCAGUGAAUGAAUUCAUGGCUCAUCAGUGGAAAAAGCCUGUGGCAGGAUCAAACAGAUGGCUGGGCAUUGAGUUCCUCCACGACGUCAGUUUAUUUGCCCACGGCUACUGGUACUGGAUUUCUGCAGCUGCGCUUGUGGGCUUCGUCGUGUUCUUCAACGUUGGGUUCGGCUUCGCCACCACAUUUAUGAAGCCUCUGGGCAGGCUUCAAGCAGUUAUACCAGCGAAAGCGCUUGCAGGAAAGGAAGCCAGUAAGAAUGGAACGACAUUGCCCACGACUGGAAGCUCGGGUCCAGCCGUUCCAACUCCAGCAGCUCUUGAUCGUGAUCGGAGCACCUCGUCUGCCGCCGCCCCCAGCCGCCAGAGCCCCAUGAACUUGGAGCCAUUGACGGCAAGGCGAUCCGAAGUCGUGACGGCGCGCCCUCCCGCAGCUAGACACGGAAUGAUCCUGCCUUUCCAGCCGUAUUCCAUGUCGUUCAAGGAUCUGAACUACUUCGUCGACAUGCCACCUGCGAUGAGGUCGGAAACGUCGGGCGACAAGCUGCAGCUGCUGCACAAUAUCACGGGCGCAUUCCGGCCGGGAGUGCUGACGGCGCUGGUGGGAGUGACGGGGGCCGGCAAGACCACUCUGAUGGACGUGCUGGCGGGGAGGAAGACCGGCGGCUACAUCGAAGGGGACCUGCGCAUUUCGGGUUUUCCCAAAAACCAAGAGUCCUUUGCAAGAAUCGCCGGUUACUGCGAGCAGACGGACAUCCAUUCUUCUCAGGUCACCGUCGAAGAAUCUCUCAUCUACUCGGCCUGGCUCCGUCUGCCGGACGAGGUUACCAACGAACAGAGGACGGCGUUCGUGGACGAGGUGAUGCAGCUGGUGGAGCUGACGGAGCUGAAGGGAGCGCUGGUCGGGAUUCCCGGGCAGUCGGGUCUGUCGACGGAGCAGCGCAAGAGACUGACGAUCGGCGUGGAGCUGGUGGCCAAUCCGUCCAUCAUUUUCAUGGACGAGCCCACGUCCGGCCUCGACGCUCGCGCCGCCGCCAUCGUCAUGCGCACCGUGCGCAACACUGUGGACACGGGACGCACCGUCGUGUGCACCAUCCAUCAGCCCAGCAUCGAAAUCUUCGAGGCCUUCGAUGAACUGCUUCUGAUGAAACGCGGAGGUCGGCUCAUCUACGCAGGACACUUGGGCAAAAUGUCUCGGGACCUCAUCGAGUAUUUUGAGACCACGGUUCCAGAUGUACCCAAGUACAAAUCAGGCAUGAACCCGGCUACGUGGAUGCUGGAAAUCAGCAACAACGCAACGGAGAAGAAACUGGACGUGGACUUCGCCGAAGUUUACAUGAAGUCGUAUCUCUAUGAGAAGAACAAGGCGAUCGUAGACGAGCUCAGCUCGCCGGCACCAGGUGCCAAGGACCUGGAAUUCUCCACCAAAUACUCUCGCGGUUGGAAAGCCCAGUUCACGGCUUGCUUGUGGAAACAAAAUCUCACGUACUGGCGCAGCCCUGACUACGUGAACGUUCGCUUCAUUUUCACCCUCAUUGCUGCCCUCCUGAUGGGAACCGUCUUCUGGCGGAUGGGCCACAGAAGGCGAGACCAACUCUCCAUUUACAGCGUGAUGGGAUCAUUUUACGCCUCCAUUCUGUUCAUAGGAGUCACGAAUGCCCAAACCGUGCAGCCUUUGAUUGCAUCGGAGCGUUUGGCUUUCUACCGAGAAAGAGCUGCCGGCAUGUACUCUGCUUAUCCUUAUGCCAUAGCUCAGAUUUUGAACGAGGUGCCUUAUUCUCUCCUCCAAGCGACCCUCUACACAUGCAUCGUAUAUCCCAUGAUAUACCUGGAGUGGACUGCGAGCAAGUUCUUCUGGCAGAUCUACUUUCUCUACUUCGUCUACCUCACAUUCACAUAUUACGGCAUGAUGGCCGUCUCAGUGACCCCCAACCCCGAAGUUGCCAGCAUUCUGGGAUCUGCCUUCUACCAGAUCUUCAACCUCUUCUCAGGCUUCUUAAUUCCUAAACCGAAAAUACCUCCAUACUUCAUCUGGAUCUACUGGAUCUGUCCCACAGCCUAUGCUUUGUACGGUUUGGUCGUGUCUCAGUAUGGAGACCUGCAUGGAGACGAUCAUUUGAUGACGACAUUAGACGGAUCGAAAGUAUCUGUGGCUUAUUUUACAGAGCACCACUUUGGUUUUAAACAUGGAUUCAUAGGCGGCGUUGCAGGUCUAGCCUCAAUAUACCCUCUGGUCUUUGCUGUGAUCUUUGUCAUAUGCAUAUCAAAACUGAGCUUCCAACAUCGGUAAUUGUUUCAAUAAGGGUGGCACCCUACAUCCGCACCUAAGGCCUAGUCAGUUCAGAAAUUCAACCUCCAGUAGAAUCGAAUAAAGCAUGCCCAUGUGAGGGCUGCACAUAGAAUCUCCUCUCUUCCUCCAGGACUUAAAGAAGUAUGGUCGAAGCCUAGGAGAUCAUGUACAUUGUGUAGUGUCAUCGGCGGGCUCAGUGACUAAUUUUGCACUCAAUAAAUGAAAUCCAUAUAUUAUUGCCUUGUACUCCAAAUUGGAACAGUCACAUUCAACUGUAAAUAAAUACAUUUGCUUCCUGCUCAAGGACGGGAAGCUUAGUUUGG